GGCUUGGAACGCUAAGCCCCGCCCACCAGGCUCAGAGAGUGAGCAGUGUCAGCUGACAGACAAAGUCCGAGCAGUGACAGUCAGAGCAUCAUGUCUUCUGUCCAGGGGCCGUGGUUUUGGCUUGGUAAUGAGACCCUAAAAGUGCCAGCCGCACUGUUCGCACUCAACAGGAGUCGCUUGUGCGAGCGUCUUAGGAAAAACCCAGAUGUCCCAAAGGGGGCUAUCGUCCUUCUGCAAGGAGGAGCCCAGACCCAGAGAUACUGUACCGAUACCGACAUCCUCUUCCGCCAGGAAUCAUUUUUCCACUGGACGUUCGGAGUGACUGAGUCGGACUGUUACGGAGCCAUUGAUGUGGAUUCUGGGAAAUCAAUACUCUUUGUACCAAAGCUUCCAGAAAGCUAUGCCGUCUGGAUGGGAGAAAUUCACCCACCUGCACAUUUUAAGGGAAAGUACGCGGUUGAUGAAGUUCUCCAUACUGUUGAUAUUGCCAGUUUUUUGAGUUCCAAGACUCCAUCCUUACUCCUCACUCUGCGCGGCGUUAAUACUGAUAGCGGAAGUGUUUGCAAAGAAGCCUCUUUUGAAGGAAUUAGCCAAUUCAGUGUCAACAACACCUUGCUCCAUCCAGAAAUAGUGGAAUGCCGAGUGUUUAAGACCGAUAUGGAGCUGGAGAUCCUUAGAUACACAAAUCGUGUGUCCAGUGAAGCUCACAAAGAGGUCAUGAAAGCUGCACGAGUGGGCAUGAAGGAAUAUGAGCUUGAAAGCGUGUUUCUGCAUUAUUGCUAUGCCCGUGGAGGAAUGAGACACACUUCAUACACCUGUAUUUGUGGCAGUGGUAACAACUCCUCAAUUCUGCAUUAUGGUCACGCCGGGGCUCCCAAUGAGAGGACUAUCCGAGAUGGGGACAUGUGCUUGUUUGAUAUGGGAGGAGAGUAUUACUGCUACAGCUCUGACAUUACCUGCUCCUUCCCAGCCAAUGGGAAGUUCACCGCAGAUCAGAGGGCUAUUUACGAAGCUGUGCUGAAGGCCUCACGUGCUGUUAUGGAAGCUGUAAAACCUGGUGUUGUUUGGCCAGAUAUGCACCGUUUAGCUGACAAGAUCCACUUGGAAGAACUGACUAAACUCGGCAUCCUGAAAGGAAACAUUGAGGACAUGAUGAAGGUGCACAUGGGAGCAGUUUUCAUGCCGCAUGGUCUGGGACACUUUCUUGGGAUUGAUGUCCAUGAUGUCGGUGGAUACCCCGAGGGGGUAGACCGCAUUGAUUUGCCAGGCCUGAAAAGUCUUCGCACAGCGCGUGUCCUGCAAGAGAGGAUGGUUCUUACUAUCGAGCCAGGCAUUUACUUCAUUGAUCAUGUGCUGGACCAAGCUUUGAACAACCCAGCACAGUCUUGUUUCAUUAACAAUGAGACUCUGCAGCGUUUCCGAGGAUUUGGCGGGGUGCGCAUUGAAGAUGACAUUGCAGUUACAGCCAAUGGAAUGGAGUUACUCACGUGUGUCCCUCGUACAGUGGAGGAAAUCGAGGCUCAUAUGGCAGACAGCGCCAAUGUCAGCAAGGCAUUCGAACGUGUGGUACUCAGUGAGCAACUCUAAUUAUAAACUCUGGGAAAUCUUCGCAGCCAAUAACCUUCUUUGUGCCUUCAAUGUAUGAUCAUAUGAUCAUGCCUAAUCAAAAACAAAAACAUCCAAAUCAUUUUCUGCUGAGCAAAUCUCCAAGAAAAAUCUGAAUUUCCAAUACUGUCUUAGAGACCUUUUCUAUUAAUCUAAUUGAACAA